CGAAAAAUGUCAAGUAGAGAUCAAAAUGAACCACAUCUCUUUCUCUUCCUUUGCUCUUUGCUUCCUUUUCUUCUUCUUAGUAACUCCUACUCCUAACAAUAGCAUUUCAACCCUUGAUGCUUCGACCAUCGAUAUAACAAACCGAACCUGCAAAAAAUGUGCGGAGGAUUCCAAAACUUUCAGCUAUGACUUUUGUAUAAGCUCUCUCCAAGCAAUUCCCGUCAGCCAUGUGACAAAUAUUCACGGACUAGCAAUAAUUGGCUUGGAACUAGCUCUGGAAAAUGCAACCAACACCAUUUCAACCAUUAAGUACUUGUUGAGUUAUGAAACUUUAGACCGCUUUGCCUUGGUUGCCUUACAGGAUUGUUUGGAACUAUAUGCAGAUGCUCUUGUGACAAUAGUAGAUGGUGUGGCAGCAUUUCUGACAGAACAUUAUAGUGUCGCUGAAGUGAAGGUGGGUGCAGUUAUGGAAGCAUCAACCACCUGCGAAGAAGGGUUCUCAGAGAAGACAGGAGUGGUUUCUCCAUUGACAGAAGAGAAUUACAAUCUCUUCCAGUUAUCUGAUAUAGCACUGUGUAUCAUUCACAUGCUCAGUCUCGCUGUAUGUAAAUAAUUUAGCUGCACUAUUUAUGCGCUGUGAAUACCUCACCCAUCAACGUUUAUCAAAAUAAACUUCUUACAAGUCCUUGCUCUGAUUAUAGUUAGCUCCAUGGAGAUGGCAAUUGUUCUCAAAUUUGCCAGCUUUUAGCGACCUAGCACUUUCUUCUUAUUCAUGGUCAUUUAAGUGAUUCUAUAAGGAUCCAUUAUACUGGAUCUUCGCAGGAGCUUUAGAUGCUCUCCCAUAAAUAAAGAAGGAAAGAAAAAGAAGAUAAGAAGAUAGAA